AUGCCUCGUGGGCAGAAGAGUAAGCACCAUGCUCGUGAGAAACGUCGCCAGGCCCGGGCUGAGACCCAGGGUCUUCAUGAUCAGGCUACCACAUCUGGGGGAGAAGAGACCACCUCCUCCUCCCCUCCUGAUACAGAGAGCGGUCCCUCAAGCUCGUCUGCUGCUGGCAUCUCCAAGGGGCCUCAGGGAGCCCAGGGCACCACCAGUGCUGCUGCAGGUGCUGUACGCAAAAGAUCUGGUGUCGGGCGCGCAGCACGCUCGAGAUCUGGUGUAGGUGCCGAGGGCCAAGUUCAGGAAGGGGAAAAUUCCUCCCAGGCCUCAGCUGCUGCUGGGAGCUCUCAUACAGAUCUUCUGACCUGGAAGGCAGAGGUGUUGGUACAGUACAUGCUGUGUAAGUAUAUGAUGAGGGCGCUCAUUAAGAGGUCUGAAAUGCUGAAGGCAGUCACUAGAAGGUACAGGGAGCAAUUCCCUGAGAUCCUUAGCAGGGCCUCUGAGCGCAUGGAGCUGGUGUUUGGCCUGGUGCUGAAGGAAGUCAGGCCCAACAGUCACUGCUAUACCCUGGUGAGCAACCUAGAUCUCAGCGACAGUGAGUCUAUGAGAGGUGACUGGGGGCUGCCGAAGAAUGGUCUUCUGAUGCCUCUGCUGGGUGUCAUCUACCUGAAUGGCAACCACGCCCCUGAGGAGAAGAUCUGGAAGUUCCUGAAUAUGCUGGGCAUCUAUGAUGGAAGAAGUCACUUCAUCUUUGGAGAGCCCAGGAAGCUCAUCACAGAAGAUCUGGUGCGGGAAGGGUAUCUUGAGUACCGCCAGGUGCCCGGCAGCGAUCCCCCUCGCUAUGAGUUCCUGUGGGGUCCUAAAUUGCUCACAGAAAUCAGCAAAACGAAAGUCUUGCAGUUUUUGGCCAAGGUCAAGGACUCAGGUCAUACAGCCUUCCUGUCACAAUAUGAGGAGGCUUGGAGAGAGGAGGUAGAGAGCACCGGAGACAGAGGUGCAGCCAGGGCUGGCCCUUCUGCCUCACUCAGGCCUGGCACUGUACCCUCAGCCGCUGCUGGGCCUUCUGCUUCAGCCCGGCCUCGCAGAUCUACCUCAGCCGCUGCUGGCCCUUCUGCUUCAGCCCGGCCUGGCACUUUCUACCUCAGCCGCUGCUGGCCCUUCUGCUUCAGCCCGGCCUGGCACUGUACCCUCAGCCGCUGCUGGGCCUUCUGCUUCAGCCCGGCCUCGCAGUUCUACCUCAGCCGCUGCUGCCUGGCCUGGCACUGUACCCUCAGCCGCUGCUGGGCCUUCUGCUUCAGCCCGGCCUCGCAGUUCUACCUCAGCCGCUGCUGGCCCUUCUGCUUCAGCCCAGCCUGGCACUGUACCCUCAGCCGCUGCUGGGCCUUCUGCUUCAGCCCGGCCUCGCAGUUCUACCUCAGCCGCUGCUGCCCGGCCUCGCAGUUCUACCUCAGCCGCUGCUGGCCCUUCUGCUUCAGCCCGGCCUGGCACUGUACCCUCAGCCGCUGCUAG